GGUAGAGAUUUAAUAUAUAUACGAGUUCGGCUUUUAUUCUUUUUCGGUUUCAUUAUGUUAUGAUAUUUUAACAUUUUACUAUUACUAUGUAUGUAUGGUUUGUGCUUUACACAUAUUAGGUUCACUUCUGAGAAAGGUUUCAUAUGCCCUGCGACCAGUCCGUCCGCUCCCCGAGUCCCCGUCCCAUAGUCUCGCAGUCGUCAGUCAGUCGUCAGUCUCGCGCGUCGCGACACAGGACAGGACUUUCAGUUUUCGUUAAAAAUGUCUGAAGAGAAAGGAAAGGAGAGAGAGGAGGCAUGUGGUGCAGUGCCGAAAAAAGCGAGACGGAAACAGAAAUAUAGGCCCGAGUGGGACAAACAGUUUCCGUGGGUGGGGCCUGCAAAGAAGGAUGCUUGUAAGGCCAUGUGCCUUAUUUGCAGUGUUGAAAUAACCGCCCAGCUCACAACUCUCAAGUUGCACGAAAACACUGCAAAGCACAAGAAAAUGUGUGCGCCAUCCUCAUCCAAAAUACUUAUGGAGUCAUUUACAAGUGCACGUGGUGAUAAUGAAACUAGUAAAAGUGAUUCUGUUAAGGCUGCUGAAAUAAGGCUUACUGCAUUUAUGGUGGAACACAAUAUAAGUUUCCGUGUGGCCGAUCAUCUGUGUGAAGUCCUGAAAGGUCGCUUCUCUGACUCCGCUAUUGCAAAGGAAUUGAAAAUGAAAAGAACAAAAUGUCAAAGAGUGUGUGGUAAUGUUAUGGCACACUCACAAACCGGACCUCGGGCUCUUUUCGUGUGUGCGGCAGAGGCUCGGACCCACUACUGUCUGAAGGGGAAAUCAUACGGAAGGCUGCCAAAAUGAGAAUAUAAACUUGAGGUUGACAAAAUAAAUGAAAAAGAGCGUUGAUAUGAUACAGGAUCCUCACCUCUGGCAGGGAGCAGAGAAGGAUGUAUUAAGAUAUCGGUCAGUUGAAAGAAUUGUGAUUGCUUUCGUAAUAAAAACUUGUCCAACAAAUAAAGGUACUUGGUCUAUUCUUAUUCCGAAGGAUCGUAUGUUGAUUAACGGUUGUUAUAAAGUUAACUGCUCCAGGAAUUGAAGAUACUCGUAUACCAAGGAGUGGACGAGUUAACGAGGGAGCGAGAACGAGCGGUACAAGUCAUAAAUGAAUAAUAAUAACAAAAAACAACGAUAAUAUUUAUAUUAUAUUAUAUUGUGUUUAGUGGUCACGCCCGCAGGGUCACGUGACGCACCAGUUGCUGAGGGCGGCCGCCGGCACAGGAGGCGAGUGCUCUUCCUUGCCUUCAUUCCACUUUGUGCCGCAUAUAGUGACUGUGCCUGAGCGUGGCGGGGUGCAGAGGUGCGUGAAGGAGUGUUGCAUCACCUGUACCAGCUUCAUAUUACUGAGGGUGCCAGAGAGCCUGCAGGUGAGCCACCCACUGCUGCUGCACUUUGAACAUGACAGUGAGGCUCGCCAUGUCCCACUGGUGCUGGAGGGUGUGCAGUGCAGGGUGAAGGAUGAGGUUACUGUCCCUGUUGAGCAUCACCACCCAGUCCUGCCCCUUGUCCAGAAAAGUGAGGUGCUUGCUGGCUGUGGUGCCCCAGGCCAGGCAGGCAUAUUCCAGGGAACAGCGGACCACCAUCUUACAGAGGUACUCUAGUCCUUUGGUGUCCAGGAGAAUACGUUGCAGAACCACCACUACCACCACGCCUGCCAAGCCACUGCCACAUGUAGCACUCGGAGGCCCUGACAACAGCACAACGCAGGGAGGAAGAGGUGUACAGCUUGCCCAGGGAGUGAUGUCUGCUGAUGGAGGCUUGCUGACAUCACUUGGCUGACACACACUACAGUUAGCUUGGCAGGGCAUGGCACGACAUAGCUCGGUGGCUGCGAACACCCCAUCUCUGUGCAUCACAUCUUAACACUUGAGAGAUGCUGGCCUGUGUGUGAGAGGACCCCAAAGCCCCACCUCUUGAAAUCUGGACUGGGAAGGAACCUACAGCUAUGAUACACUAACUACGAGAAUGAAAAACAUUUACCACUACGAAUGAACGCCUCAGUGCCAGCGGUGGGGAAGCGGGGAACUGCCAAGGUACUGUCACUGUUAUUGUCCUGUUAGUGUCAGUGUCGUGUCUCUUGAGCCUUAGUGACACAAGGCUCAACUGUCAGUGUAAUGGUGGGUCACGUCUCCAGCAGGUCUUAGUGGUGAUGCAAGGCAAGACUCGCAAGGUUAUGGGUGGAAGAUACUGAUUUGUGUUGUCUUUAAGGUACAGUAUAUUAAAUUUCCUUGAUGCAGAGAUAAAGGAGGAAACUGAUUUGUUGUCUGAGGUACAGCAUUUCAUUUUCUUGAUUGAUAUGUAGACAGAAAACAAAGUUCUCAAUAUUUUUGACAAAGUUGAGGAAAAGGUUGAGUAAUGUAGGUUCUUGACAGAUAUAUUGACAAAAAGCUGAAGGUUUUAAGAUUCUUUAAUUAUUAUGUAAGAGUGAAUUUGUGAAGUUCCAAAGACAGGAAUGAACUGAUGCACCAAAUGUAGAAGGUUCCAGUGUUCCUGACAGAGAUACACAAUGUUUUCAGCUUCCUGGACUAACAAACAUUUCAGCUUCCUUGACUGAUGGACAAAAAUGUGAGUGUUGAUUUUAUAGUAGGCCCUGGUGACAAAUAUUGACUUCAACACUAAAUGUUGAUUAUUUUUGUUUGUCUUGGUGAUACAUAAACUGUACAAUGUUUUCACUUCCUUGAUGAUGAAAAUGCAUGAACUGUAUAAUAUUUUGAAUGCACGAACUAUUUAUUUUUAGUUUUCUUCAUGGUAUUGCAAGUUGUGUUUGUGUCCUUGGUGAUGCACAAAACCUUCUAACAGGCACUACAUGACAACAUGACAAAUGCAUAAACUAGAUAUUUUAGUUUUCUUGAUGGUAAUGUAAGUUAUGUUAGUGUCCUUAGUGAUGCACAAAACAUUGAACACUUCCACUCCUUGACAGACACCAGAUGAAGACACAGUGCAACAAGACAAAUGUACAAGCCAUAUAUUUCAUCAUGAUGGUACUGCAAGUUGUGUUAGCAUUCUUGGUAAUGCACAAAUCAUCUAAUACUUUCACUCCCUGACAGAUGCCAGAUGACAACACAAGACAACACGCCACGACAGCCUUGACACACCCCACCUCCCCGCCAGGCCGGCGCCUUACACUACCUAGACUGUGCAUAAUUUGGUACACCUUUUUACAUAAAUGGACAACCGAGAGACCUUGGCUGGCGGCGACUCCGCACCUGAAAUGCGCCUCAACUCAGCACCCUAAGAGGAAAUAUUAAUUACAUGUAUGUUAUAUAUUACACAGAGUAGAUAUAUUUAUGUAUACUAUAUAUAUAAAAGAGAAACACUACCAAACGCUGAUACUACCACUAAACUGCUGACUUCAUCUCUCGUCUGGGCACGUGACAGGUCCCAGACACUCAACAUUCUCCUUUGUGCUUUGGGCAAGUUACCACCACAAGAUUACUAACAGCAGCAGUGGUGGUGGUGGUGAUGGUGAGCUGUGGUGUGUGCUGCAGUCUGUUGGAAGCCGACACAACACAUUUCUGGAAGGUUUAGUGUGCCGUUUUGCUACACGUGGACUCCCAAGACUUGACUGGUAAGCCUGAAUUCUGCACACACUUGUCUGUUUAAAUAGAACCUUCACUGUUCUAAAAAAUUAUAUAAUCAGUUUAGUUUCCCUAUGUUUGUGUGUGUGUGUGUGUGUUGCUCCGAAGUUGUUCAUUAGUAACAUUACUUUCCAAGGAGCAUUAGGAGGAGGAGCCCAGAAUUCCCACACACGCUGGUUUAACACUGCGGAGUUGUCCCACACAGAGCAGCUUGUCUGUUAGGAAUGUCAUGGUAAUGCACUCACUACACUCUUUGUUUGCUGUCAGUCUCAAGUCCCUAAUCUGCUUUAAAUACGAGUAGCAUUCAAAUGCCUGGUGUUAUUAGGCUGUCAGAGUAGAAGACUUAAGACAGAAGGGACAAAGAGUGGCGAUCAGCAUACAGUACCAAUCUUGUUGCAGAACUCAAAUAUUACACUACAGUUGGGUUUCAAACAGGGAGUGCCAUGUGUAGGACUGAUGGCUUCCUGCAGCUGCCCUUACUUUCUUGUAUUCUUGGUUAUGAAAGUCGUGAAACACUCACAGGACACAAGACACACUGCAGCACACAUCACCACCACUGCCACACCAAGACAAGAGCCCUUGGGAUUUGGUGUUCCCUAGCCUGACACCACUGACUGAUGUAUGGAGUGUAGAGUUUGUUGAUGCAGCCAGACAACGACACCCGGCCAACUGCGACCUUUGCUUGAGGGAUGAUGGGGGUACAAGAUGCAGAGUUGGUCCAAACGAAGGAAUGGUGGAGAUGGAAUGUGCUGGGGCAGAGCUGAAUCUUCAAACAAGUUCCAUAAUCUUGAGGAAUGAUGGAUGUGGCAGAAGGAAGAGGAAUGUUCAGACGAUUUUCUUUCAGUGCAGGAUGACAUAAUGGAGAAGUAAUGUUUAGAGUGGCAAACACUGACAGGAAGAUGAAUUUUGAAGCAACUUGGAUAAUCUUCAGGACUUCAGGACCACAAGCACACAAUGAUAAACAGAAGGUGACAGUUUUCAGUUUUUAGGAAACCUGUGUAAUCUUCCAAUUGGGGACUUCAAAAUCCAAAAUCACAAGCAACUCAGCUGAGGAUUAGCACACACACAAUGACCACCAGAAGGGGGAACUUUGAAGAAAACUCUGUACUUUCAACUGAGAACUUCAGAAGAAAUGGUGCAAAGGAGAAAUUUGAAAUAAACUUGUGCCCUCUUUUAACCAGGGACUUCAGAAUCAGCACAACAGAUGACUGACAUUAGAAACUUGAAGAAACCCAAGUAUUUUCAACCUAGAACUUCAAAACAACUAGUGGAAAGAACUUUGCAGCAAUCUCUGUACUCAUAGCAAUGACUUUAGAAUGACAAGUAGACAAGCUCUUACAGGUCAAGAUGUGAUCCUGAGGUCCCCAACAGGUCAAAAUACAGUGAGGUGAGACGAAAAGAUCCCUUGUGACAGGAAUGUGACCUUAUGGCUUAGUGACUGUUUGACAUGACUCUUGACUUGCAUAACAAAACAUGACACACCAUUCAUGUACCUUUUGCCUUAGAGUGUUACAAUGGGGCCUCUUGGAUAUGUAGGCUCUGAAUUCUUUACAAACAGGGGGCUGGAGAUAGAGGACCAGAAUUAUUAAAAACUUGCAGAUCCUCCUUGACACGUCCUCAGUUGUCUUAUAAGGAAUCCAGGUUCAAGAGAUUUUGAGCUUGUAUGUAAAAUUAAAAAUACAUGCAAGUUCAGAAUCCAUCAUUUGAGACUCGUAAUUCCUUCAUAAGCAUUACAUUUUUAUCUGACGCUGAAAUCUCUCUUAUAAGGAAUUCUGAAGCUA